AUGUUAUUCCUUCUUUUCUUGGUUUCUAAUUAUUGUAUUCAUGCAAAAUUAUUAAGGGAAUGUGCUUAUUUAGAUGAAAACUGUAAAGAAAUUAUUGGGUGUGAAUAUAGAGAAUUAGAAACUUGUUUAGUAAGAACAGAACCAAAUCCUAAAUCAAAAAUUUUAGAAACAAUAUCAUUUACUCUUAGCACUGAUGGUAAAUCAUUAAGAACUGACAUGUAUACUGGUAAUGAUCAUUGUGAAAAAACAAAAGAUAAUUAUAUGAACAAUUUAAUUCCAUUAGAAUUAAAUACAUGUACGAAUGCUAAUCAACCUCCUUUUAGAAAAAUAGUUAGUAUAAUCGAUUCUUUAGAUAGUGAUGAAAGAAAACCAAUCGCUUACUUUACUAAUUCUACUUUAGGACUAACUGAAAAAGGAUUGUGUGAUAAAGUAACAGUUAUUGAAUCAAUGUUUAGUGGUUGUACUUCUUUCCCUGAUGGAACAUCUGCUAUGUAUCGAAUACAUAAUAAUAAAUUAUUGUGUGAAGCUUUCAAUGAUAACCAAUGCAUUGCUUAUCGUGACACUAUUUUAGAACAACAAUGCGAGACGUGCUUUAGUGAAAAAAUUGAUGAAGGAGUUUAUCAAUACAGACAAUUACAUUGCGGUUCAUCACUUAUUGAUAAAGUAAAAAAUAUUGACAACACUAUUUUAAACAAAUCUACAGAAGAAAAUAAAAAAGAAAAUGAUGAAAAACAAGUAAAAACAAAAGAAGAUCUUUAA